CGGCUACACCAGUCUCGCGGUUUUGCCGCUCUGAGUCUGAUACGCUCUGAUAGGUGACGUAUAUGAUACCCGUCGGCGGCGGCAGCGGCGGCGACUAUCUCCCGACCGUUGGUCGUUCGUGCUCGUUCCUUUCCUGAGCGGUCAGUAUCGCCUAGUCGGCACAGUGUGUCUGGUUCGGGGUACUUGUUUGCACAUGAGUGUAUGCGAAUCUCCACCGUUCGCUCUCCAUCUCGCUUCGGCUCUCUUUGUCUCACGUCAUCUCUCUCCUUCACGGCGGGACAGAUUGGCUCCGUGGAGGUAUCCGUGUAGGAUGACCGACUCUGAAAUCCAAAUGCAUUACACCCCACCGACGUCAGAUACCAUUCAGACGAAACCGUUUCCGAUCCGAGGUGAACGUGCAAAUUUCGUGAAUAAGCCUCAUGUGAUCGCGAUGGUCGGUCUGCCGGCUCGCGGCAAGACCUAUAUAUCCAAGAAGUUGUGCCGAUAUCUCAAUUGGAUCGGUAUCAACACAAAGGUUUUCAACCUGGGUGAAUAUAGGCGACAUGCUACCACGGCCUAUCAGUGCCACGAGUUCUUCCGUCCCGACAACAUAAAGGCUAUGGCAAUACGCACGCAGUGUGCGAAGGACGCCCUAAACGACGUCUGCCAGUGGCUGGAGAGCGGUGACGGUGAAGUGGCCGUCUUUGACGCCACCAAUUCUACGGUCGACAGACGUCAGCUGAUACGCGAUAUCGUCGUACACAAGAUGGGUUUCAAGCUAUUUUUCGUCGAAUCAGUGUGCAAUGAUCCAGAAAUCGUCGAGCAGAACAUUAUGGAAGUGAAAGUCAGUAGUCCGGAUUACGCAAACAUGAAGAAGGAGGAUGUGCUUGCGGACUUCAUGCUGCGAAUCGAGCAUUAUCAGGAAAAAUAUCAGCCGUUGGACGAGGAACGCGAGAGCGACUUGUCAUUCAUGAAAAUAUACAACACCGGCGAGAAGGUGCUGGUCCAUAAGCACGAAGGCCAUAUACAAAGUAGAAUAGUUUACUACCUUAUGAACAUUCAUAUUGUGCCACGCACGAUUUACUUGACCAGGCAUGGUGAGAGCCUGAUGAAUCUCGAGAGCAGGAUAGGCGGCGAUUCGGAUUUGAGCGAGCGGGGACAUGAAUAUGGCAAGGCAUUAGCAGAUUAUAUCAGUAAUCAGAACAUACAGGGCUUAAGAGUUUGGACUAGCUGGCUGAAAAGGACCAUUCAAACUGCGGCUGACGUAAAGGCACCGCAGGAAAGGUGGAAGGCUCUCAACGAAAUUGACGCUGGUAUUUGUGAAGAAAUGACUUACGAAGAAAUCGCCUCGAAAUAUCCUACGGACUUUGCCGCGAGAGAUCAAAACAAGUUCUCCUAUCGUUAUCCAAGAGGAGAAAGUUACGAAGAUCUUGUUGCACGACUGGAGCCUGUGAUAAUGGAACUGGAACGUCAGGGUAACGUUUUAGUUGUCAGUCAUCAAGCGGUCAUACGGUGUUUACUCGCUUACUUUUUGGACAAGAGUGCAGAUGAAUUACCGUAUUUAGAAGUACCUUUGCAUACCAUCAUGAAAUUAACACCGGUCGCCUAUGGUUGCAAGAUGGAGCAUAUUCGACUACCGAUAGAAGCUGUGGACACUCAUCGACCGAAACCAAAGAUCCCAGGAUAUCUGGAAGAGCGAUUCCGAGGAAAGGGGAAGGUACUAUGCACGUGAUAACAACGAAUUUCACGGCGCAGCUAUUCCUUACCGUUGAUAUACCAAGACGUUGAAGCAGCAUAAAUUCGGCAGCUGACUUCUCGCGCGCAUCCGAGCCCUUUUCUUCCUACAUGUGUCAAAAGCGAGACGAGGCGCGAUCGGCAAUGUAUCCUAUGAUAUGAAUCCUAGAUAGGGCACAGACGCGGAGGAUCCUCCGCGACGACGCAGAUCCCGUCACUCCCGUCUGACGGGAACACGGACAUACUGCGCGCGCGCACGUGUGAUUUUUAUAUUUUUCGAUCGCCAUCUAACUAGAUAGUGAGAAGAACGUAUGUGAUAGAUUAUAGAGGAUGAUCCGAUGAUCGUCGAUGAGAAGAGUCUGCUGUGAGCUCGUCUACACGCGUCUUUUACACGACGGAUGAUUCUUUUUUUUUUUUAAACAAGCGCGUGUGGACCCACGCGUUCUCUCUGAGAUCAGCGCGUGCUUUGAAGUGCUUUGCUUCUUGCCGAAGAAAGAUAUUUAUCAUAUCUUGAUAACAAUAUUAUACUUGCACGAUAGACGUAUACCGUGGUUCCAAGACAGAAUUUUGUACAAUCCUACUCUCAUUCGGCAGAUGCGUACUUCGAAGUGCUCGCUCGCGAAUCUGAAAGCAGAUAUAUAUAUUUCUUUUUUACUUCCAUAUAUCAAACAUUAUCUCGGAAUUGUCGUCGGAUGCUU